AUGCGGAAUCUCUCCUUGUGGACCAAGGUCGCUAGACGAAUGCUCACUACUGAAGCCUCCACCGUCAUAGAUGAGGACGUAAAUUUAUAUAGAAGAGCUCAUGUUGGGCUUCGAGCUACCACAAAGACAUUGAAACCACCCAGAGGAAAAGUAUUCCUCGCACACGGAUUGUUCGGUUGGGACGUCAUAAAUAUCAUUGCUCCAAAGCAAGUACCAUGGCUGAAACUAGAACUGAAAUAUUGGGGUGAUAUCGAUACUUCCUUAAGAGACAUGGGCGUUAAAGUUCACCUGACAAAGGUCCCGGCGGUUGCCGAUGUUGCGUCUAGAGCAAAGGCUUUAAGGGCUAGUUUAGAACGUGUUACGGCUAAUGGAGAGGAGGUUCAUAUUCUUGCUCAUUCCAUGGGUGGACUCGAUGCUCGGUAUAUGCUUGCACAUCUCCCCUCGAAUCACUUCAAGGUGUCGACUUUGACAACGAUUGCUACUCCUCAUCGAGGCUCCUCAUUCAUGAACUUUUGUCGAGACAAGCUUGGAGUUGGAAAGCAAGAGCUCACGAGCUCUGAACUCCAGAAGAUGCAGAUAACAAAUGCCAUCUCUGAUGCUCUGAAUCUACCGCAUCCAAACAGUAUGAUUGGUGAAGGUGGUGUUGAAGGAAGGGCGGUUAGACAAAUGAGUGUAAAUCCUAUAAUACGAGCUAUCUGCUCUCCUUUCGAUCAGCCGGCUUACGCUAAUUUGACAACAACAUUCUGCAACGACAUAUUUAAUCGAUGUGUGCCAAACCAUGCGGAUACCCUCUACUACUCAUACGCAGCAGUCUGCAAGGACAUUUCCCUCUUCCAUCCAUUACGAGCAUGCCACGAUAUAGUAUCGAAACGAGAAGGAGCAAAUGAUGGACUAGUUUCGUUCAAGUCUGCUCAAUGGGGCACUCUACGUGGUGUUUUAGACUGCAACCAUUGGGAGAUUACCAGUAGCAGCACAAAGACCAAAAGCUUUGACGCUAAAGGAUUUUAUAGAUCAGCUGCUAAUCUGUUGUAUGAGGAAGGAUGGUGA